ACCGCUGAUAAUCAAGAGUAUCUGAAGGUUAAGAAGAGGACCAAACAAAAGUCAGAGAAGCCCUAUUCCCACUCCUCCAGAAGCAGGGCAGUGAUGACCCCAGUUGUCCCUAUAGCUCUGGGGGAGCUGGAGUCCCCUGGGACCAGUGAUGAUGAGGAGGCCACAGACCGGAAGGAGAGGGUCUCCAGUGCCAGGGAACGGCAUGAGCAAGCCAGAGCCAUGAUGGACACAUUCACUGAGAAGUUCCACUCUAUCGCAGAGGAUCUCCAAGAGAUGAAGAUUCCCAGGAAGAGGUCCACUCGACUGCGGUCAUCAUGCUCCCAGUCUGCCAAUGAGGAUGGAUCCCCCCUGACCUCUACCCAAUCAGAUAAGGCCCUGAGGCGAGACUGGUCACGACAUAUGAUUACAGCCGGAGAGGCCGGUGGUGACAUCAUUCAAACACCUUCAUCAGCGUCAUUAUUCUCUUUGCCAACCAUUCAUGAGGUCGUCAAGGGGAGCAGGGAGUCCAAACCUGAUGUUUCCGGAGAUGAUGUCAAAAAGAGCAAGACGUCCAAAUGUAAAGUCAGGCAAGGCUUUCGCUAUUUCACCAAGGCUUUGACUGGACUGUUGCGUACAAAAGAUGACCCUUCUGGAGAUGGACGGAUUGCGCGAAGUGUGACACCAUCCAAUGACGCACUCAAUAUGGUCAUGGCUCCUCCACAUCCACUCACUAACUGGCAUUUGUGAGCUACGUUCAGACAAAAAGGCAACCACAUUUUGUAUGGAUGAUAUUUAGCAGAGGAUAUGUUUUUCUUAUAUAAAGGAUACAAAUGAA